GCACAAGCCGCGCUCGCCACGUCGCUGCUGCGGACACCGUGGGGAGCAGCAGCCGAGCUGCCCUCAUUGCACAGCAUUGGCCCGGCCCCGGUCUGGGCCAGCUGCUCCGGGAAGCGCCCGGCGGCGCUGGAGCCCUCGGCGGCGGGCGGAGCGGAGGCGGGCGGGUUUGAAAGGGAGGCGCCGGCUGCCAUGUAAGCGCCGGCCGGGAGCGCCGCUGCCGGCAGGGCUGAGCUGGCACCGCCGCUCCGGCCCGGCCCGCGGAGCCGCCCCCGCCCCGGGCAUGGGAGCGCAGCGGAGCGGGGCCGCCGGAGAGCAGCGGAGCUGCCGCGGGGGCGGCCCCCGGGAAGGCCCAUGGCCUUCAUCAUGAUGAAGAAGAAGAAGUUCAAGUUCCGCGUGGAGCUGGAGCUGGACGAGCUCUCCUCCGUGCCCUUCGUCAACGGCAUCCUGUUCUGCAAGGUGCGGCUGCUGGACGGGGGCAGCUUCAGCGGGGAGUCCUCCCGGGAAGUAGUACAGGCCAAUUGUGUCCGCUGGAAGAAAAAGUUCUUCUUUAUGUGUAAGAUCAGUGCCAGUGCCACAACAGGGAUUCUGGAUACCUGCACUUGCAGGGUGUCUGUACGGAAGGAAUUAAAAGGAGGAAAGGCAUAUGCAAAGCUAGGAUUUGCAGAUCUAAAUCUAGCAGAGUUUGCUGGAUCAGGAAAUACCACUCGUCGCUGUUUACUGGAAGGUUAUGAUACCAAAAAUACAAGACAAGACAACUCCAUUCUCAAAGUUUUGAUCAACAUGCAGCUGAUGUCUGGAGACCCGUGCUUUAAAACGCCUCCUUCCACAGCAACAUCUAUAGCAAUUGCUGGAGAAUCAGAGUCUUUGCAUGAAGACAGGAAAGGUGGAGAAAACUUAAAAGUAGCACAUCUGGGUAUAGCAGGUGUCUCAUCAAAGAGUGCCUCAGUCCCAGAUGAACUUGGUGCAUGUGGACAUUCCAGAACAUCAAGCUAUGCAAGUCAGCAAUCAAAACUGUCAGGAUACAGCACAUGUCACUCUAGAUCAUCUAGUCUGUCUGAACUCUGCCACAGGAGAAACACCUCAGUGGGGAGUACCUCAGUAGGAAGUACCUCAACAGGAACUGGAAGUAUUCUAGAGGCAUGUGAAGAGACUGAGCCAAAAGUAACUGAAGCUGAUACUGAUACAUCCACUGAAGAUGCACCACCAGAAAAACAGUGCAGACAUCCUGUAAAGCAAGACUCUGUGGAGUCACAGCUGAAGAGGGUUGAUGCUACCAGAGUUGAUGCUGAUGAUAUAGUUGAAAAAAUACUCCAGAGUCAAGACUUCAGUUUAGACUCAAGUGCAGAAGAAGAAGGUUUAAGAUUAUUUGUGGGCCCUGGUGGAAGCACUUCUUUUGGAAGCCACCAUCUACCUAACAGGGUAGGAUCUGGAGCAUAUGAACAGGUGGUGAUAAAACGCUAAACUGGAAUGUCAAAUGAGGAAAACUUGGAGCUCUAGUAUUGAU